GGGCGAAACUUCAUUCCGGGUCAGAUCUACAUCUUGGACACGAAAACGGCCGUGGAAAUCACGGGAGCCAGAGUGGAGCACGGCCAACACAAGCUGGAAGCAGAUGUUCUGGGGCCCUACGGGGGCGUUCAGACGCCGGGCUUCACGCGCUGGUUGCGCAAAACACCUGGGACGCAGCAAACUGUGGCGGUUUCCAGGCUUCUGCAGCGGCGUGAAGCACUCUUCGCGCGCAAAGAUGGACCUGACGUGUGGCUCUUGCAAUGA